AUGGAAUUCAUGUCUGUCAGAUGGACUUCUAAUAGCGGUGGAUGCUAUUUUUUAGUUACAAAUUUGGAAAGCAAAGAGGAUGUUUCUUAUCACGAACCUUGUCAUUUACAAUUUGUCAGAUCCCUUGGUUCUUAUGGACCGUCCGUUGAACCUGAUUUACCAUCCGUUGAACAUCAUACACAGUCCGUAGGAUUUGAUGUCACGUCCGUUGGAUUUGACGUGUCAUCCGUUGAAAAUGACUUAUCAUCCGUUGAACCUGAUGUACCGUCCAUUGAACUUGAUGUAGCAUCCGUCGUAAUUGACUCAUCAUCCGUUGAAAAUGAUAUACUGUUCGUUGAAAAGGAUGUACCGUCCAUUGGAUUUGAUGUACCGUCCGUUGGACCGAUUUGCAACAUCUACUUUGAUAUCAGGAUAGCAUCAGUAGUGCAUCAUCAUGAAAUUGCAUAA